UUCUUUGGAGGAGGAGAGUAGCCCUGAGGAACCUUUAGUGCCUUCACUCCCUCUUCAUCUUAGCUGGAGAUAAUUGGAUUUUGCUUUCCUGCAUUUUUCAUGUAAAAAAAGGUGAUCUGUGGAACCUAAGGAACCCUGGGUACCCUCAAGACCUUGAACACCUUGAGAAAAACUGACAGACUGUUGAGAACCUUAAGUAACCCUUGAAGGAUCUUUGGAGUGCUUUUGGAAACCAUCAGGACCCUCAAGAGUGUUUGCAACUCUGGUCACCAGUGAAGAACCUCAUGGAGCCUUGAGGAACACUGAAGACACCAAGAAAUCCCAAAGACCUUGAGGAACUAUCAGCAACUCUGAGGGCCUUAAGAACCCCUGGUGGACUCUGAGAAGUCCUCAAUGAAGCCUUAAAGUACCCCGGAGAACUUGGAGGAGCCUGAAGGACCCUGAGAACCUCGUGAGGUGAAGGACCUGUAGGAUCUUGAGGAAUCCUGAAGACCCCAGGAAACUCAGAAGAACCAUCAGCAUCUUUGAAUACCCUUGAGGACUUUAAGAAUCCUCUAGCAAACCCUUAGAAAUGCUGAUGAGGCGGUAAAGCACCUCAAGGAACCCUGAGGAACCUCAAGCAACUCUGAGGAACCUUGAAACCCGUUAAAAGAGACCCUGAAGCACCCGCCGGGGCCUCCCUGCAGAGCCAUGGGCACCCUGCGGGACCUGCAGUACGCCCUGCAGGAGAAGAUCGAGGAGCUGCGGCAGCGCGACGCCCUCAUCGACGAGCUGGAACUGGAGCUGGACCAGAAGGACGAGCUGAUCCAGCGGCUGCAGAACGAGCUGGAUAAGUACCGCUCGGUGAUCCGCCCGGCGACGGCGCAGCAGGUGCAGGUGCAGGUGCAGGUGCAGGUGCAGCGGCAGAGCCUCGCCCUGCAGCCCGACCAGCAGCGCAGCAAGAGGCAGGCCAUCUCGGCAGAGCCCACCGCCUGCGACAUCAGCGACCUCAGCCACGUCACGCUGCCCUUCUACCACAAGAGCCCCGAGUCGAAGGAGCUGAUCAAGGAGGCCAUCCUGGACAACGACUUCAUGAAGAACCUGGAGCUGUCGCAGAUCCAGGAGAUCGUCGACUGCAUGUACCCGGUGGAUUAUGGGAAGGACGCCUGCAUCAUCGAGGAGGGCGACGUCGGCUCGCUGGUCUACGUCAUGGAAGAGGGGAAGGUGGAGGUGACGAAGGAGGGCAUGAAGCUGUGCACCAUGGGACCGGGCAAGGUGUUUGGAGAGCUGGCCAUCCUGUACAACUGCACCAGGACGGCCACCGUGCGCACGGUGACGCAUGUGAAGCUGUGGGCCAUCGACAGGCAGUGUUUCCAGACCAUCAUGAUGAGAACCGGACUCAUCAAACACGCCGAGUACAUGGAGUUCCUCAAGAGCGUUCCCACCUUCCAGGGUCUUCCAGAGGAGACUCUCAGUAAACUGGCUGACGUCAUGGAGGAGACGCAUUACGAAGACGGAGAGUACAUCAUCAGGCAGGGAGCCAGAGGGGACACCUUCUUUAUCAUCAGCAAGGGCAAGGUGACCGUGACCCGGGAGGAGUCGGCCAAUGAGGAGGCGGUGUACCUGCGGGGGCUGUCCCGAGGAGACUGGUUUGGAGAGCGAGCUCUGCAGGGUGAGGACGUCAGAACAGCCAACGUCAUCGCCGCCGAGUCCGUCACCUGCCUGGUCAUCGACCGAGACUCAUUCAAGCACCUGAUUGGUGGACUGGAGGACGUGUCAAACAAAGGCUACGAGGACGCAGGAGCCAAGGCCAAGUACGAGGCAGAGAACGCCUUCUUCUCCAGUCUGAGGCUCGUCGACUUCAACAUCAUCGACACGCUGGGAGUCGGUGGCUUCGGACGCGUCGAGCUGGUGCAGCUGAAGAGCGAGGAGGCCAAGACGUUCGCCAUGAAGAUCCUGAAGAAGCGUCACAUCGUCGACACGAGGCAGCAGGAGCACAUCCGCUCCGAGAAGCACAUCAUGACCGAGGCUCACUCCGACUUCAUCGUCAGGCUGUAUCGGACGUUUAAAGACAGUAAAUAUCUGUACAUGCUGAUGGAGGCCUGUCUGGGAGGAGAGGUGUGGACCAUCCUGAGAGACAGGGGUUCGUUUGAAGAUUCGACCACCAGGUUCUACACGGCCUGUGUGGUGGAGGCCUUCGCCUACCUGCACGCUAAAGGCAUCAUCUACCGAGACCUGAAGCCAGAGAACCUCAUCCUGGACAGCAGGGGCUACGCCAAGCUGGUCGACUUUGGCUUCGCCAAGAAGAUCGGCUUUGGGAAGAAGACGUGGACGUUCUGCGGGACGCCGGAGUACGUGGCCCCGGAGAUCAUCCUGAACAAAGGUCACGACAUCUCAGCCGACUACUGGUCGCUGGGCAUCCUGAUGUACGAGCUGCUGACCGGCAGCCCCCCCUUCUCAGGCCCCGACCCGAUGAAAACCUACAACAUCAUCCUGAGAGGCAUCGACAUGAUCGAGUUCCCCAAGAAGAUCACCAAGAACGCCGCCAACCUCAUCAAGAAGCUCUGCAGAGACAAUCCAUCUGAGAGACUCGGCAACCUGAAAAACGGAGUGAAAGACAUCCAGAAGCACAAGUGGUUUGAAGGUUUUAACUGGGAGGGGUUGAGGAAAGGGACUCUGACUCCGCCCAUCAUACCUGAUGUUUCCUCUCCGACCGACACCAGUAACUUCGACAGCUUCCCCGAGGACAGCGACGACCCGCCGCCGGACGACAACUCCGGAUGGGACAAUGACUUCUAAAAACCCCCCGUUCUCCCAUCUCACCCUGUUCCCCUCCUCAGAACCUAAAGCCUGACACCCCGGGGUGGAGGUCCAGGUAUGCAUCUGGGACAGAGAAGAGUCCUCGCCUGGUGGGACAAUGACCUCUACAAAAAAAAAAAAAAAAAUUCAAAACCACUCACCCCUGCUCUCUUAACUAAACAUGUACUUUGGUGGACGUUUGUACCCAAAGCACCUUCAUGUUGUUCAGCUCGGGUGGUCUUACUGGAACCCUUUUAUACCCACACCGUGUUCCCAGAUCACUGAUCUUUCUUUGAGCCUCUGGCAUCUGGAAAAACCAAACUUUCCGAGGUCGCCGUUGAUUUAACUGGAUGGAGGAUGGAAUGUGUUCUACCACCAGUUGCACCAGACGCCAGUCACCAAGACUCAGGGUGAACCUUAACACCCGACAGUGAGCUGGUUAUUGUGGGCGCCGAGGAUGGGACGAACCGUGCGUUCACAGCUCCAUCAACCCCAGACGCCAGGGGGAAUUUUUGAAAUGAGCGAGAAGUCUUUGUUUCCUUACUGUUUUCCCGAAUCAUUUAUUUUGGAGACAGAGACUGUACAGCAGACUGAGAAGUCCUUGACACUGUCCCUCCACAUGCCUUCAACUACACUGGAUGGAGGAUGGAGUGUUUUCUACCUAAAACAAACAAACAAAGAAACAUUCACAAAGACGUCGGCUGGGCCUUAAAACCUGACAUCGAGUGGGUCCUCAUGGGUUCCAAGGAUCGGACAAACCAUGUGUUCACCUCGUCAUCAACUCCAGAAUGCAGUUUCCAAAUCAGAAUCACAUUUUUUUUCUCCAGGUUCACUGAAAAACAGGAGCGAGGGAUUUGAAUUUGCACUCCUCCAUGCAUUUACAUGUAAAUAUUUACAAUUACAGACUGUUUCUGAGAGUCUCUGCCUCAUUUGCCUUGUUUUCUUGUUUGGCUGGACGGGAAAACUUUGGGCAGCUGCUGUCAUAUGCUGACGAUGCUCCGCUGUACCUCCCACCACCACUGACAGUCAGCCAGCUCAGAUCAGCCUCUGGACAGAAAUGCAGCGAUGCGGUUGCAGUCUGAACUCAAAGUGACUUUUAAUUCCGGUCCAGUCAGAAAGUUUCUGUUUAAACCCCGGUGACCGGCUCAAGUACAGUCUGAUGCUGCGUUCAAUUAUGCUCAAAAGUCAGAAAAAAAAAAACUCCUACUUGGAAAUGUCCAGUAGAACGGACGUUCAAAUCUGAAUUCUCAGUCCUGUCCCUGUUGAGCUGGGCAUUUUGACGUGUAGAGGACUGUGCAUGUUUAUGUUGAACGUUAUUUUCAUAAGACAGGUUGGCCUUCCUUUAUAUGCUUCAUCAGUGGCACUGUAGUAAUUCAUUUGCUGUGGACAUCCAUGCAGGUAUCCAUGUUUUUCCAUGCAAAAACACUAUGACACGUUUAGGCUGGAAGUCGGGAAUACUGACUCAGAACCUCACAACUUCCAAGUGCAAUCGAAUGCAGCAAAAUUCACUUUGAACACAGUAAAACGUGUUCAUCACAAAGUGCUUUAUAGGGCAGCAGAGGACAGAAACACAGACAGCAGCGAGAGGAAGCCAAGUUAGAAGACUUGUUUUAAAAAGGCCAAAAAAGAUUUCAGCCGUGACUGUCAGGACACGCCCUCUCCCAUGACCCCUCAACCAAUCACAAACGCUGGUUUGUUCCAGUCCGCUUGGCCCACAUUUCCAGGAAGUCUCAAAGAGCAGAACAUGUGAUUUUUAAUUUUAUUAAUUCAUGAUUUUUUUCAUCUCAGUACGGCUGCUCACAGAGACGGUCCUGAAUCCUGAAGGCCGCAGGUUUGAUCCCCACAACAACAAGCUAAUGUCAGCUCUUGUCAAGUGUCCUUGUUCAACCCCCCCCCCCCUCCCCCCACACCUGCUGCAGGUGGGGGACUUGCCUUUGACCUUUGACCUCUCUGGUGAAAUGUCUCCGGUGUCUGUUUCCCAGAAGAAAGUGCCAAGAAACUCAUCCGUCGUCUCUCAUCCUUCCUGUCGCUCUGUACUGUUAAACUGUCCAGCAGAGGGAAAACUACCAAAAUAAAAGCCUGAACAUGAUGCCGGUGAUGCUGGACUUUCAAUCCCUGACCGACCCUGCCUUUCCUCAACACUACCUGAGUCUCUGAGAGCCUUUCCCCACAGGAGAGCUGAGAAAUCAUGAACAAGUUGGUAAAAACUACCCUGGCCAAGGUCAAACUCUGUUCCACUCGGGGGUCAAAGUUCAUCAUUUAACCCCAUGUGGUUCUGUGGGUCUUUCUGAUGCAUGUUCUUGUAUCUUCUAUGAGUUGUUUGAUGUAUUAUCAAAUGGUUAAAGUCCAGUUUUGGCAAAAGAACGGCAAAAACGGAGAACACAUGGAGAUCCCAGAAGUAGCCUCUUGUCAUUGAGAUUAUUCCCAAGAUUCUUAGCACAAACAAUGCAUGAUGUCAAGGCAGCACAGCGGUCGGUGGUUGUAUCGCCGGGAAAAUGAGCUUAACCGAUUGCGGGACAUCAAGAACUCAAGUCCGUGUCAAACUGACAGGAAGUUCCUCUGUUCUUCUAUGAUCUUGAGAAGUUUGUUUGUUGGAGAAAAACCCGAGCAGAUGGUUUUCCACAAGGACACGAGGAUCGGCUCGGUGUUCCUGCUUGGUGUUCACCUGGAUCAUGUCACCUGGUUCACCUGGUGGAGCGCUGGGCACUGUGUAAAGGAACAGUUUACUAAAAAACAAAAAACAUCUAAUCCCUGUUCACAAAGCAAACAGGGACGUUAGCUAGGGACUCCUCGUUAGCCUUCCUCCAAAACAGCUGCCGGGAACGCACACUGGUUCUUUACCGUUCCAAAAAGUAAGAAAUGAUCAGAAAAUUACCACCAAGUGUUCUGAAGCUAAAUGACGACACAGUGGGGCUGAAAAAAAUUUAUUUACACCAGUGCUUCUUUAGCACAAGUCUUCACUACAACCUUGUGUUUGUAGACGUUCAAGUUAGCAUGUUAGCAUGCAUCCCCAUCCCUGUGUUUGUGCUGCAGUAUGCAGGAGUGUGCAGGCUGCUGUACCUGUCGGCCGCUGUUUGGCUCCACAGAACCUGGAUUAUGAGCAUUUUGGGGGAAAAAAACAACAGUUUUUUAUUUAAUUUUUUGAGCUUUUGGAAGUAAAGAGCCAGUUAAAUCCUUAAAACAGUGCAGUUUGACUUGUUUCAGGGUGUUAAAUCUGCUUAAAUAAGGCAGAUCAGCCACUAAUGUCAAGAAAAUUAAACUUGACUCAAAAAAAUUCCAGAAAAAAAAGUUGAUUAUCAUUGAAAAUAAGUGGAAUGACCUCAACCUUCUGGUGAAGAUUUAAAAUUUUAAAAAAUGAGAUUAAACAACUUGUUCCGAUGCAGAUUUUGACCCAGAAUAACACCUGCAGCUCAUAAUCCAACAGCAACAAACAGGAUUAUGAUCAUAUAAAAAUCAAGUCCUGGCACCCACGUGUGUUUUUUCAUGUCAUUCUGUUUAUUUGUGACAGUCUCAGGUCGAUUUCCUCCUGGCGUAAGGUUACAGUGUGGAGGUUUACUGCACACGCUAACCUGCCGGAUCUACUUUCCAGGUCAAACAGGAAAAUAACAAGAAAAGAGACGUUCAGUUUCCUCCAAAAAAAAAAAAAAAAAAAAA